CCUUCGCGCGCUUUUAGCUCCGGUGCUCGUUCGCCUCACUUCAGUUCAUUCAAGUACAUAGAACAGUAAAGUAAUUUAGUUUGUUGCCAAUUAUUGCCGCGUGACUGUGGCGGUCGUGUUUUUAAGACGUUUUGUGCAGUUAAUUAUCUACUGGAGAUUUUUGAGUGAAAAUGGUCGAUUUUCAGGCCGGUCAGAACUUUAAUGUAUUCCUCCUUGCGGGGAUUACAGUCCUAGUUUGUGCGAUAGCACACUUUAUUUACAAGCUUCUGGAAAGGAAGAAUGAGGAGGCAGUUGAACAUGAAUCGGAGAAAGAUACAGGAGCUCCCGAGAAACAAGAAACCAAAUCCACGACAGCGGAACGCCCCUCAAACAGGAAGAGCAAGAAACUGGCGUCAUGGAGCGGCAAGCAUGAGUUCAACCACCCGUGGCUGCUGAAGAACCUCAAAGGCCACCCGGGGACCGUCCUCCACGUCGACUUCUCAGCCAAUGGCAAGUUCAUGGCCGCCACAUGCGAUGAUGGGUCAGUGAUCCUCUGGGAUAUCCGGGAUCUGAGCCACAACCAGCACAAGACGCUGCGCGUCAACAUCGACUUCGACCACGCGCAGUUCGUGGCCUGGAGCCCCGACUCCAAGGCCUUUAUCGUACACACCGCGAGGGAGAACAACAUUGUCGUCUACAAGAUAGAGAAGAAGAAAGAUGGCGCUAUUGGAGCCGCCACUCAAGUUCUCGCGUUUGAUAAGGUACACGACUCAAACGUCGUUGGCUUUGGCAUAUCCAGCAACGGAAAGUUUAUUAUGUCAUGUUCCUCGAAAACUGACAUGGUAAUUUGGGAUUUGAAAGGCCAGAAACUAGACACACUCGACACUUAUUUAAUGAGUACAUACUCUGCCAAAAUAUCUCCAUGCGGACGUUUCGUGGUCGCCACGGGACAAGUAACGGAUAUCAAAGUCAUGGAAGUCUGCUUCACAAAGAACGGGGAGUACAAGCAAGUGACAAAGGCAUACGAUCUCACCGGCCACUCGUCGGGCAUAUACGAGGUUGCCUUCGACGUUGAUACUUCGCACGUCGCCACCAUAUCGAAGGAUGGCACGUGGAAACUAUAUCAUACAAAGAUAAACUACGCCAUUGGCGAGGGUCCCCACGUGCUAGAAACGGGCCGGUACACGCAGACGGCGAACCCACCGUGCAUCGCGCUGUCGCCCAACGCCGAAGUGCUGGCCGUAUCCGUCGACGGCUCGGUCGAAUUCUACGACACGUACACCGGCCAGCUGUACGACACCGUGGAGAACGUUUACACUGCGGGUCUAAUUAAUCACAUGAGAUUCGACGCGAGCGGGAAAUACCUAUUCGUCUGCGGUGAAAAAGUGGUGAGGAUACUCCACAACGUAUGCGGGUAUCAGACUACGGUAGACAGCUGCACGCGGCUGCUGGCCACGAGGCAGACGUCGGCUACUACGGAACGGUUAAAUAAAACAAUACAAGAAUGCAAGAAAACGCUUGCCAAGUUUGGGAAGUAGCUCGGCUUUGCCAUAUCGCCCUUGUGUGCCAUUGCUAACGAGCAUCAGGCGAUUCGGAUGCCACGGUACCCAAUUUUACUUGAGAAAGUGUCGGAAGGUUGGCGACAAGACGAAUGGUAAAAUUUGACAGUUUAGUUCUGCCGCGACUGUGCCACUUAGGUGCUAUAAGUAGAAAAAGGUAUGGUAUAUAACUACGUCACACUUUCUCGAGUUAAAUUGGGCCUUAGAAGUUAGAACCAACCGUGCGGAGUGUUUUAGUGUGCCUGAGCAGUCAACUCGCCAGUGCUAGUAAGCAAUUGGAAUAACUACCCAAUUCUCUUUCUAUAUUGCAUUUAUUGUCACAAAAAGUAUUUUUUUAUAUAAUUAUUUUUAGUUUUUAGUGAAAAGUGGAGUAAGUAUUGUGCAAAUGUAUUGAUACGUAUGAUCUCAAUUGCAUUUUAUAUAUUUUGUACUUAUUGGGAGUAAUAUGUAUAUGUUUAUUUUUAUUUUUUCGAAAACGUUAAGCAAUUAUUUUAACAUCUUGAACUGCUUUAUUUUGUAAACGAUGUGUAAUGUGCAGCGAUUUCAAAAUGGAGUAAAAUGCAAACGGGAAGCAUCAUAUUGUUAUUUGAAGUUACAAUUAAAUUUUAUACAGACUAAAUAAUGACUUGACUUGAACUUGUUUAAUGCAGACAGUUACGGUUAUAAGUCUUGUGGUCAGCGAGAUGGUCCUUUAUGUACAACCGACACAUAUUUUAAACUAAUGUAUUGAAAUAAAACUAAUUUUGUAUUUUUUGUCUACAUUUAUCUCUGACAGUCCUUGUCGUACGUAUAAGUUAUAAAAAAGUUCCAAUAUAACACUUAUUUUUUAUUUGUUUUAAGUACUGUAAAGUUAUAAGUAUUUUGGCAGACUACAACUAUUUUUAGAUAAAAUUGUUGUUUCUAUAAUAUAAGACCAAAAAUACCUACUCUAAUUUCUCAAUUAGCGUGCAAAUGUCUAAUAAAUAUCAUGUUUGUAUUUGCGAAUUGACUUAUUAUUACGUUAAAUGAGUAUUACACCCAAAUUUCACGGUUGUAUAGUUUUAUCAAUGCACGAUUACUGUGCAUGAAAAAGCAGAUAUAUGAUUAAAAUCAAUUAAAAAUAUUUAAGGGUGGAUAAAUUUUUUGUGUAGUUAUUUUGGCCCGGUGUCCAGAGGAGAAGAAAUGAUAUAUCAUAUCAUGAUAUCGCGUUCUACAAACAUGCUUUACUAAGCAUGUUUCAUUAGCAAACACACAACCCCAAAAAUGCAUGUUUGGUUUUAAGUUUUUAACCUUUUCGACGCCGUGUCAAACACAAAAGCUGUCACUCGGACGCCACGUCACCGAAGUGUCAAAACUGAAAUUGAACUUUAUGCACAUGUACGUGGGUCUAUGUUGUUCUGUGGUCUGUGGCCGAUUAAUCAGUCUUUGGCGUUAGACCUGCGGUGCCGAUAUAUCGGUCAUUGGCGUCCAAAAAGUUAAAUACCAUAAAAUAAGGGUUUUAAGGUUUGUCCAGGAGAACGUAACCGUGGCAACAAAUGACGCUAAAAAGUUGAUUAAAUGGGUA